CCCUCCCCUCUUCUCUGCCCACAACUCCCUCUCCAACCCACCAGAGAGAGAUUGUAUUUUGCCAUUGAAAAAAAAUUCCAACCAUGGCUUUGCUAGUUGAGAAAACCACCAGUGGCCGUGAAUAUAAGGUCAAGGACAUGUCCCAGGCAGAUUUUGGCCGCCUUGAGAUCGAUCUCGCGGAGGUUGAAAUGCCUGGACUCAUGUCUUGCAGGACCGAAUUCGGCCCUACACAACCUUUUAAGGGAGCCCGAAUUACGGGCUCCCUCCACAUGACUAUCCAGACCGCAGUCCUCAUUGAGACCCUCACUGCCCUUGGGGCAGAGGUCCGGUGGUGCUCCUGCAACAUCUUCUCCACCCAGGAUCACGCGGCAGCAGUCAUUGCUCGUGAUUCUGCCGCCGUGUUUGCCUGGAAGGGAGAGACGUUGCAGGAGUAUUGGUGGUGCACCGAGCGGGCCCUCGAUUGGGGGCCUGGCGGUGGCCCUGAUCUGAUUGUUGAUGAUGGUGGUGAUGCUACACUUCUCAUUCAUGAGGGUGUGAAGGCUGAGGAGGAGUAUGCGAAGAGUGGGAAGUUUCCUGAUCCUAGUUCCACUGACAAUGCUGAGUUACAGAUUGUUUUGGGUUUGAUCAUAGAUGGGUUGAAGACUGAUCCCAAGAAGUAUCAUAAGAUGAAGGAGAGAUUGAUGGGUGUGUCUGAGGAGACUACUACUGGUGUGAAGAGGCUUUAUCAGAUGCAAGCAAAUGGAACUUUGUUGUUCCCUGCUAUCAAUGUCAAUGACUCUGUCACCAAGAGCAAGUUUGAUAACUUGUAUGGAUGCCGCCACUCACUCCCCGAUGGUCUAAUGAGAGCCACCGAUGUUAUGAUUGCUGGCAAGGUAGCAGUCAUCUGUGGUUAUGGUGAUGUGGGCAAGGGCUGUGCUGCUGCCAUGAAACAAGCAGGAGCACGCGUGAUCGUGACAGAGAUCGAUCCAAUUUGUGCUCUUCAAGCCCUCAUGGAAGGCCUCCAAGUUUUAACCCUCGAAGACGUUGUCUCAGAAGCCGAUAUCUUUUGCACCACCACCGGUAACAAGGACAUCAUCAUGGUAGACCACAUGAGAAAGAUGAAGAACAAUGCCAUUGUCUGCAACAUUGGUCACUUUGACAAUGAAAUCGACAUGCUAGGACUCGAGACAUUCCCUGGCGUGAAGAAGAUCACAAUUAAGCCUCAAACCGAUAGGUGGGUAUUCCCUGAUACCAAGACAGGGAUCAUUGUGUUGGCCGAGGGGCGACUUAUGAACUUGGGAUGUGCCACUGGGCAUCCCAGCUUCGUGAUGUCGUGCUCGUUCACUAACCAAGUUAUUGCUCAGCUUGAGCUAUGGAACGAAAGGAAUACCGGUAAGUAUGAGAAGAAAGUAUAUGUUUUGCCCAAACACCUUGAUGAGAAAGUUGCUGCACUUCACCUUGGCAAGCUUGGAGCUAGGCUCACAAAACUCAGCAAGGACCAGUCUGAUUACAUUAGUAUCCCCAUUGAGGGUCCUUACAAGCCUGCUCAUUACAGGUACUAAGAAGGGAGAGAAAGAAAGAAAAAAGGGAAGGGGAGAGAGUCAAGAAAAUAUAUAAUAUGUUUUCAUUGAAGUAGAUUUGUAGGCUUCAUUUUUUUAUUUUAUUUUUAUGAUGGGUUUAUGUAUUAUGGUGGGUGGGAAUUUGGGAGGAAAGAAAUGGUUUCUUCAAAUGUUGGAAGAAAAACCAAAUGGGUUUGAGAAUAAUAAGGUUUUUGAGUAUUGGGCUGUGUUGGGUUAUUUUGUAGCUGUUGCUACUGCUGUAGACUGUUAUUGCUUUUGUUAUGAUUUUAUUAAGAAAAGGAAAAAAUGAAAAUAUUUUCUUUUCUUUCUUUA